AUGUUGACCACUGUGUUUCUGUCAACACUCCUGAUGCUGGGGGGGCUUGGAGGGGCAGCAGUGUCUGACUUGCAGGUCUAUGGGAAAUCCAUCCACAGUGAUAAGACUUUGCUGAGUAGCGAUGAUGGAAGACACACUGUGCGGAAACAGCCAUACCAACAGGCAAAAGGUGAAAUCCGUAGGAGUUUGGAUCUCGAGAGCUUCAACAUACACGUGUCCCCCACCACCAGCAAAAUCAGCCUCCCGACCAUCAUCAGGCUCUACCCACCCACUGCUAAACCUCUCCACUUCCAUGCCAACAUGCCUAUGCGCUUUGGAAGGGACAGUAAUCCUGGUGAUGACAGGUCCCCAAACUCGACCCCCAACAUGCCCCAGAGGUUCGGAAGGUCUUGGGAAGUGUUUCAAAUGUGUGCUGAGUGCCAUGGCGUCCAAGAACCACAGAAGUUCCCUCAGGGACUUCGGAGAACCAGUCUGUACUGGAGACUUCUCAGGACUCUGGCCAAUGCAGAGUUAUUGAACACUGGCUUGCACUGGGCUGAAGAUAUUGACUUUACAACCAGCUCGGAAGAGGUGCAGAUGCAAGAAAAAAACUUUAAUGAGCAAAAGAGUAUUAAAUAG